AUGAGCGCACAAAUCUUGAAACAAUUCUUACCAGGUUCUACCAGAGUCGGCUUCCUUGGAGUUGGUGUUAUGGGAAAGUCCAUUGCCACUAAUUUAAUUAACAAAGGAUACAAGAAUAUGACUGUUUAUACUCGUACUAAAUCAAAGGCUGAUCCAUUGAUUGAACUCGGAGCCAAGCUUGCUGCUUCACCAAAGGAAGUUGGAGCCAAUAGUGAUGUUGUUAUCAGUAUUGUUGGUUAUCCAUCGGAUGUGAGAAGUGUAAUUUUGGAUGAAGAAAAUGGUGUAUUGUCUGGAAUGAAGGAAGGUGGAGUUAUUGUUGAUAUGACUACUUCUCAACCUUCUCUUGCUGUUGAAAUUUAUAACAAGGCUAAGGAAAAGGGUGUUUACAGUUUGGAUGCUCCUUGCAGUGGAGGUGAUAUUGGUGCUAGAAAUGCCACUCUUACCAUCUUUGUUGGAGGUGAUGAACCAGUUUUGGGAGCUGUUACUCCAAUCUUUGAAUCUAUCGGAAAGACUAUCAAUUUUAUGGGAGAAAGUGGUAAGGGACAACAUGCCAAGAUGGCCAAUCAAGUUAUUAUUGCCACCUCAAUGAUUGGUGUUUGUGAAGGUUUAUUGUACGCACAUAAGGCUGGUUUGGAUGUUCAUCAAACUCUUAAGGCUGUUUCAGGAGGAGCUGCAAACUCAUUCUCCCUUCAAUCAUAUGGUCCAAGAAUUUUGAAGAGAGAUUUUGAACCAGGUUUUUAUGUUGAACAUUUCAUUAAGGAUAUGGAAAUUGUUUUGAGUGAAGCCAACAAGAUGCAACUCGUUCUUCCAGGUUUGAAUUUGGCCAAAAUGUUAUACGAUUCAUUGAGAAACAAUGGUGGAGCUAAGAAUGGUACUCAAGCUCUCAUCUUGGCUUUGGAACAAAUCAACAAUACCCAAAUCAAGAAAUAUGAUAUCUAAAUUUAUAAAACUAUUUGCCAUUCC